AUGUGCUUCACAGAGCUGCUGCUUUGGAGAAACAAUGACAAGGAGGAAGAUUCAGUUAUUGUCACUGAAGAUGCAAAUGGGCUAGAAAUGCAUUCGUUAGGUGAAACAUCUUUACAAAAAAUGGACACCUUCUUAAUUGAGGAUGAAACUUUGGCUCGUCUCUGCAAAGUGGAGAUUAUUCUGAUAGCAUCAACUCACUCUAAGAAGAAAUCGACCCAUCUGGUGGUGGGACAGCUAUUCGACUACUAUGGGAUCAAGUAUACUCUACUUGAAACCACCACGUCAAAGUCUAUCACGGAAUUCGCCCAACGCAACUACACAACAGGACAAGAGUACCUAUUCUUGUUCUUUUCAGGCGAUACUUGCCUCUUUGAGUUUGUCAACUUCUUCUACAGAGAGUUUGCAAAUCCAGAAGAUAUUCCAUCCACAACAUUCUUGCCGUUCCCACAUGGCACGGGAAAUGCCAUGGCAAACUCAAUAGGCCUACAUGACGAUAUCUCUUGCAUUCAGGCAUUGUUUAAGUUCAACCGUCACCAUCUCCCACUUUAUAGCCUCCAAACAUCAGCCACUUUGCUUCCAACAAACCCUGCCCUCUCCAAUCUCGCAGAUCUCUCCCAAACUCCAAUCUUAUUUACGGUAGUUGCCUCUUGGGGGCUGCAUUCCCUUAUAGUCUACGAGUCAGACAAGAGCGAACUCCGGAGCCGCUACGGGGCAGAGAGAUUCAGAAUAGCAGCCACUAAGAUAUUGGAGGAAAAUCCAGUAUUUAAGGGAUCCAUUUUAAACAACAAAUUAUAUUACUCUUUCCAAAACGGUUGGAGGGAAUCGCCAAUUGAAUGUACACAGGAUUUAUCGUACUUUGUACUGGCAGCACUAUCAAAUUUUGAGGAGAAGUUCACAAUCUCGCCAGCUUCCCUUGUGGAAAGGGACCAAUUGCACAUGGUAGCUAUUCCGUAUUCACCCUCAGUGGAGGUGAUGGAACUCAUGAAUGCCGCCUAUGAUAACGGCCGCCAUAUAAGCAGUAACUUGGUUUGCUACAAACCCGUUGAUCAGGAAUUGACCAUAACCCUAAAUGAGGCAACUGACCCGGAUAAGUGCAUCAUAUGCCUUGAUGGUAGCUCGUGGAAGGUUACAGGUCCUGACAAAAAACUGGUCUUUUCUUAUGUGGACCAAUCCUUUUUACAUUUUCUUUCCUUGUAG